AUGCCAAAGGGCGUUCGCAACCCUCUUGAAGAACUCGCGGCGGCAAAAGACUCUUACAUGAAAAUGAUCAUCAACAAGGUCAAGACUGUCAAGAAACAAGAGGUUGCAGAGCUUCCCCAGCUAGAGUAG